AUGAAGUUCGUUGAUUUUUGUGUAUGCAAAUGAGUGUGCGCGGAUGCCCACGCCCCUUCCUCAGCCGGGAGUGAGGGUGGGCGCUGGGAAUCGUUGUACGUUUUUCUCCGAGGCGCCAUUUUGUGCUGAGAAUGACCUGUGACCUGCGUGGUGUGUCAACCCGGCGCUGAAGGCUUAGACGCCUGGCCGUCCAGUGUGUGACCUCUGGCCCCAGCCAGGCUUCAGUCUCCUCCUGUGAGGACUGUGCCCGAGAAAGAAGAGCCCCCAGGCCUUGUUGAGGGCCUGGCCCUGCCUGUGACUGACAGCGGUCUCCCGCCAGCCAGGCCUCGCCGGGUCUCCCUUCCCCUGUCUGGUGAACCGGCGCAGAGCGCCGCGGGCGGCCCAGUGUCGGCGCCCUGAGAGCGGGAGGCCCGGGAGCUGACCCGCCUCCUCGGCUCCUGUGCGGUGCGGCCGCGGCGCCCCCGUCAGGCCCUCUCUGCCCUGGUCCCGAAAAGACUCCUCAGGGGGCCCCAGCCUCUGGAACAGGGGCCAGGAACGUGCAGAGACGCCCACCGCCGUAGCCAUGACUAGUUUGUGGCAGAUUGGCCGCACGCGGGCAUCCCACGCGCCUCGCCUUGGGUGUUAUCCCACCGGGUGCAGAGGAGUCCGGCCCAGUUAACACCCAAGAACCCUGACGGAAGAGAGGGGUCAAGUGACUUGCCCAGGGCCCCCCCCCCCACUUGGGACAUGGCGGAGGUGGUGGUCAGACUGAGCUGUAUCUCAGAAGUCCACUCAACAGACGUAACUGAUGAUGGUCACGAGAGUGGUGGUGAUCGAUCCGGUGCUCGCUGGGCAGGGCACUGUUCUAGUUUCUUUGCAUGCUUCAUCUCAUUGAAUCCUUGCCACAGCCCUGUCAGGUGGAUGUUAUGAUUCCCCUCGGGACACUCUCAGACGUUCAGUACGCUUUUAUUUUUGAGCACCUAUCAUGUGGUAGGCAGGAUACUCUGGGGAUAUGGCUGAGCAUAAAAGGGACAAAAUCCCUGUGCACUCAGGGAGCUGACGUCUUCGUGGGGAAGCCAGACAGUAAAGUAAGUAUAUCCUAUGAUGUCAGCGAGUGAUAAAGACGUAGAGGAACAAUCAGGGCCAAGGGCCUACAAAGGGAGGGGUGGGGGUUGCUCUUUGACCUGAGGAAGGAUCACUUGGGCUCCAUGCGGGAAGGUCUAGGGGAAAAGCAUUCCAGAAAAGGGAACAGCCCAUGCAAAGGCGAGGCGAGGGGAUCGCGCUUGGUGUGUUUGGGGCGCCACCAGGAAGCCAGUGAGGGUAGGUCGGAGGGAGGUGCUUAAGUCCGAGAGGUAAGGGGGGGCAGCGGUUACGUCUCUCGCCUCUGCCGGGUGGGCGGUGUGUUGUCUUCAAGCCCUAGGGAGCCAUUGGAGGCUUUGACAGGGCCGUGGGCGCUAAUAGAGAGGGAGGCGAGCAGGAUGGUGGCAGUGGGGAUGGGAGACGUGAUGGGGAUCGGUGACGUCGACAGGACCUGAGGGAGAAGGAAGGAAUCGCCUGCAUCUUAAAAUUGGGGUCAGCAAACCUCAGUAAAGGUUUUUGAUUUUGCGGGCCAUCAGUCUCUGUCCCAGCGUACCCAGUUCUGCUGCUAUAGCCCCAGAGUAGCCAAGCCCAUGUGCAGAUGUAGGGGCUGGCUGUGUUCCCAUCAGCCUUUGUUUACAGAAACAGGCAGUGGCAGGGGUUGGACCUCAGGGAGGCUGCUCUUUACUGACCCCUGAAAUCCCAACAGGCCCCACCCCUGCUAAGAACUUUUCAAGAGCCCUCAACACACUGCGUUUCAAGUAAAUCCCAAACUCCCAUGAGAUCCGAAACGGAGACCCUGCGGACCCAGCGGACCCAGUGGAGGGCAAGCCGGCUGACACUCACUCGGGGGAAGUUUCAGUUGCUGGCUGGUGUGAUGGUCGGCUCCCACGCGGACAUGGCGCCGGCCUCUACCGCAGAGGGGGCCGGGGAAAAGCCGGGCCCCGCAGCUCCUGCCCCCACGGCCCAGUAUGAGUGUGGGGAGUGCGGCAAGUCCUUCCGCUGGUCGUCCCGGCUCCUGCACCACCAGCGCACGCACACGGGCGAGCGUCCCUACAAGUGCCCUGACUGCCCCAAGGCCUUCAAGGGCUCCUCGGCCCUGCUUUACCACCAGCGGGGCCACACGGGCGAGCGGCCCUACCAGUGCCCCGACUGCCCCAAGGCCUUCAAGCGCUCGUCGCUGUUGCAGAUCCACCGCAGUGUGCACACUGGCCUGCGGGCCUUCACCUGCGGCCAGUGCGGCCUGGCCUUCAAGUGGUCGUCCCACUACCAGUACCACCUGCGCCAGCACACGGGCGAGCGGCCCUACCCCUGCCCAGACUGCCCCAAGGCCUUCAAGAACUCGUCCAGCCUGCGGCGCCACCGGCAUGUGCACACGGGUGAGCGGCCCUACACCUGCGGCGUGUGCGGCAAGAGCUUCACGCAGAGCACCAACCUGCGGCAGCACCAGCGCGUGCACACGGGCGAGCGGCCCUUCCGCUGCCCGCUCUGCCCCAAGACCUUCACACACUCGUCCAACCUGCUGCUGCACCAGCGCACCCACGGCAGCGCCGCCGCCCCCGCCGCGGGCGCCGCCCCCGCCCCUCCGCCGCGGGAGCCCGGCGGCAAGGUCUUGGUCUCAGAGGCCUACCUACAGCGGCCCCUCCAACCCCCCAGCCCGCCGGCGCCCCCGCCGCCCGCGCCCCCGCCCGUGGUGCCCGAGCUCUUUCUGGCCGCGGCCGAGACCACGGUGGAGCUGGUGUACCGCUGCGACGGCUGCGAGCUAGGCUUCGGUAGCGAGGAGUUGCUCUUGGAGCACCAGCCCUGUCCCGGGCCGGAGGCGCCGCCCCCGCCCGCGGACGCGCCCUCGGAGCCGCGGAAGGCCGACCCUCCCCCGCCGCCCUCACUGUCCCCGCCGUCCCCCCUGCCGCAGCCCCCUCCCGCCGCCUCUGCCCCUGGCUUCGCCUGCCUCCCCUGCGGGAAGUCCUUCCGGACGGUGGCCGGCCUCUCCCGCCACCAGCACAGCCACGGGGCGGCCGGGGGGCAGGCGUUCCGCUGCGGCAGCUGUGACGGCGCCUUCCCGCAGCUGGCCAGCCUCCUGGCGCACCAGCAGUGCCACGUGGAGGAGGCAGCGGCCGGGCGCCCGCCCCCCCAGGCCGAGGCUGCCGAAGUCACCUGUCCCCAGGAGCCGCUCGCCCCCGUCCCCGCCCCGCCCGCUCCCGCGCCCGCCCCGGCUUCCGCGGAGCGACCCUACAAAUGCGGCGAGUGCGGCAAGGCCUUCAAGGGCUCAUCGGGGCUGCGCUACCACCUGCGGGACCACACGGGCGAACGGCCCUACCAGUGCGGCGAGUGUGGCAAGGCCUUCAAGCGCUCGUCGCUGCUGGCCAUCCACCAGCGCGUGCACACCGGCCUACGGGCCUUCACCUGCGGCCAGUGCGGCCUUACCUUCAAGUGGUCGUCGCACUACCAGUACCACCUGCGGCUGCACUCGGGCGAGCGGCCCUACGCUUGCGGGGAGUGCGGCAAAGCCUUCCGCAACACGUCGUGCUUGCGGCGCCACCGGCACGUGCACACGGGCGAGCGGCCCCACUCCUGCGGCGUGUGCGGCAAGAGUUUCGCCCAGACCUCCAACCUGCGGCAGCACCAGCGCGUGCACACGGGCGAGCGGCCCUUCCGCUGCCCGCUCUGCCCCAAGACCUUCACACACUCGUCCAACCUGCUGCUGCACCAGCGCACACACUCGGCCGAGCGCCCCUUUGCCUGCCCCAUCUGCGGCCGCAGCUUUGUCAUGGCCGCCUACCUGCAGCGGCACCUGAGGACGCAUGCCCCGGCCAAUGCCGCUUCUGGCCCCGCAGCCCCCGGCGCCGGCCCCCAGCCCCCUGCCCCACUGGCUGCCGCCCCAGCCCCGUCCGCCACCCAAGAUGUCCACGUUCUACCCCACCUCCAGGCCACGCUCUCCCUAGAGGUGGCAGGAGUCACGGCCCAGGCCCCGCCCCCUGGCCCAGCAGCCCCCAACUCCCAGACGUUUCUCCUGGUGCAGACUGCUCAGGGCCUCCAGCUGAUCCCCAGCAGCGUCCAGCCCCCCACACCCCCGCCUCCCCCCGCCCCCCCCAAGCUCAUCUUGCUGCCCUCCUCCAGUACUGGUGGUGGGGGCAGCGGUGCAAGGCAGGGCCCACGGGCAGUGGGGAAAGCUGGGCAGGGGGCUGGAGUAGUCUGGCUGCCAGGCCCUGGGGGGCUAGGGGUGCAGGGAGGGAGCAACACCGGGGCCAGUGCGGGAGCACAGAGCCUCAUAGUUCUGCAGAAUGUGGGGGCUGGGGAGGCAGGGCCACAGGAAGUGAGCGGGGUCCAGCUCCAACCCCUUCGGCCAGCCCCGGAACUGACCACGGUCCAGCUCCAGCCGGCCCCGGAGGUGACCACGGUCCAGCUCCAGCCGGCCCCAGAGGUGACCACGGUACAGCUCCAGCCGGCCCAGGAGGUGACCACGGUACAGCUCCAGCCUGUAACGGGUCAGCUGUCCAAUUCCAGUGGGGGAGCCGUCACCACUGAGGCGCCUAAUCUGCUGGUGGUUCAGAGUGGGGCAGCGGAGGAGUUGCUGGCGGACCCCGGCCCGGGGGAGCCCGGUGACGGUGAGGCCAGCACUGGUGUGGUCCAGGAUGUGCUCUUUGAGACGCUGCAGACGGAGGAGGGGCUGCAGAGUGUCCUGGUGCUGAGCGGGGCUGAUGGGGAGCAGACCCAGCUGUGUGUGCAGGAGGUAGAGACCUUACCCUCGGGGGUGGCUGAGCCGCCAACCCCUGGCCCAACGGGACAGAAACUGCUCAUUAUCCGCAGUGCCCCGGCCACCGAGCUGCUGGAGAAUGGCAGCGUUGGGGGAGGCGCCGCUGCGCUGCAGCUGCUGGCCCCACCACCACCUGGCCCAGGCUCUGCUCCCGCGGGCGUCCCUGCGGCUCCUGCCUCCCAGAUGGUACAAGUGGUCCCUGCAGGAGCUGCACCUGGGGGCAUGACCCCACAGGGCCUACCCUCCAUCCAGUUUGUCCAGACUCUGCCCGCAGUCCAGCUGGUGCACACGUUUUGAGUAGAACCACUGGUACCCCUUCCCGCCCCACACAGAGACCCCGACUCACUGUCAGCCUGGGCUGGGCUGAGCUGGGGGGAGGGGAACUGCAGGCUGGGCUUGCUAAUAAAGACCAGAAUCUCCG